UCAGUAGACAGCAUGCGGCGAACGACUUUGACAGCAUCAUAAUGAGGUGCGCAAUCGUUCUACUGGCUCUGGUAGCUUUUGGGGCGGCCUACCCCCAACAGCAGCAGCAACAGCAGCAGCAGCAGCAGCAGCAGCAGCAGCAGAAACAACGUGCUGCUAAUCAAGAUCUUGUGAGGAAGCAGCAAGAUGUUAUCGUACUAUUGCAACAAAUCAAUCAAGAAAUUCCGAAUCAACAGCUACAGAACCUUGGUUCUUCCUACGACAUCCAAAACAAUUUGCAACAAUAUAACAACCCGAACCUUGUCAAUUACUACGCGAGCACUGUACAGGCCGGUUUGGUACAACCCAAAGGCACUUCUUAUUCAAGCUCCAACAGCCAGCUUCGCAAGGAGGUCGCCCUUCUGCAGAGAACUUUAUCAAGUGCCAGAGACUAUCAGACACUUUUAGCAACUGCCGCUUGGGCCCGCGUCCAUGUUAACGAAGAGCAAUUUGUCAGAGCUUUCAUCGCAGCCGUUCUGCAACACCCGGAGACACAGGGUGUCAUUCUGCCGCCUCUCUACGAAGUUAUUCCCCAAUCUUAUUUCGACGCUAGAGUCAUCCAAGAAAUCCAAAACAUUGUUGCACAGGGCGCCGGACAAAACCCUGUUGUUGUUCCCGUUAAUUAUACUGCUAGUUUAGCCAACGAUGAACAGCAGCUUUCUUAUUUCACGCAAGACAUCGGCCUUGCCAACUAUUACGCCUUCGUUAAUCUCGCUGGAGAUUUGUUGUCGCAGAAUGCACAACAGCAAUCGACGGCACAUCGAGGUAUUCAAAGUAAUCAGAAUCAGCAAAACGGUCAGGGAGCCAUCUAUUAUUACGUUCAUCAACAACUGCAGGCCCAUUACGAGCUGAACCGUCUUUCAAACGGACUUGGUCCAGUUCAAAAUACCGAUUUUGACAAUGUACAAGCACCGUAUCAACCGCAUCUUCGACAAGCAAAUGGACUCGAAUUCCCUUCACGUCCUUCAAAUGUUCAGCUCAGCUCUGUUAGAAGUAAUCUUGUCAACAAUGUCAGAAAAAUGAUACAGAGACUGAGUGAAACUAUUGAGUCUGGACAGGUCCUCACUCCGCAAGGCGCUUUCCUCUCCCUUUUCCAACCGCAAGGUUUGAACAUUCUUGGAGAACUUAUCCAAGGAACGGGCAGAAGUGUUAAUCCAAGGUACUAUGGCAGUCUUCAAGCAGCCGCGCGUCAACUCCUCGGUAAUGCUCCUGAAGUUCAGAACAUUUAUGAUUAUACUCCUUCUGUUUUGGAAUCGGGCAAUAUCGCCGUCCGUGACCCAGCUUUCUACCAACUUUUCAACAAAGUCAUCCAAUUAUUCCAGCAGUAUCAGAACUCUCUACCGGCAUAUCAAUACAAUGACAUUUUAGUGCCCGGCGUUAGCAUCCAGAAUGUUCAGAUUAGUCCACUUGUAACUUUCUUCGACAAUUACUACGUUGAUGUCAGUAACGCAGCCGCUCAGCAACAACAGCAACAAAACCAGCAGCAACAACAACAAUUCCAACAGCAGCAGCAGUAUGCUCAACAGCAACAGUAUGCUCAACAGCAGCAGUAUGCUCAACAGCAGCAGCAGCAAAACCAACAGCAGCAGCAAAACUCGCAGCAGCAGCAAAACCAGCAGGGACAGCAGCAAAACUCGCAGCAGCAGCAAAACCAGCAGGGACAGCAGCAAAACCCGCAACAGCAGCAAAACCAGCAGGGACAACAGCAAAACCCGCAGCAGCAGCAAAACCAGCAGGGACAGCAGCAAAACCUGCAGCAGCAGCAAAAUCAGCAGGGGCAGCAGCAAAACCAGCAGGGACAGCAGCAAAACCCGCAGCAGCAGCAAAACCAGCAGGGACAGCAGCAGGGACAACAGCAAAACCAACAGGGACAGCAGCAAAACCAGCAGGGGCAGCAGCAAAACCCGCAGCAGCAGCAAAACCAGCAGGGACAACAGCAAAACCAACAGGGACAGCAGCAAAACCAGCAGGGACAGCAGCAAAACCAACAGGGACAGCAGCAAAACCAGCAGGGGCAGCAGCAAAACUCGCAGCAGCAGCGAAACCAACAGGGACAGCCACAGCACUCACAAGGACAGCAGCAGCCACAAGGACAGCAGCAGCAGCAGUUCCCACAAGGACAGCAGCAGCAGUAUCCACAAGGACAGCAACAGCAGUACCCACAAGGGCAGCAGCAUCAACAAUCUCAGCAGCAGUCACAAGGACAGCAGCAGCAGCAGUAUCCACAAGGACAGCAGCAGCAAUACCCACAAGGACAGCAGCAGCAGUACCCACAAGGACAGCAGCAGCCACAAGGACAGCAGCAGCAGUACCCACAAGGACAGCAGCAGCCACAAGGACAGCAGCAGCAGCAGCAGUACCCACAAGGACAACAGCAGCAGUACCCACAAGGACAGCAGCAACAGUAUCCACAAUCGCAGCAGCAGCAGUAUCCACAGGGACAGCAGCAACAGUACCCACAAUCACAACAGCAGCAGUACCCACAAUCACAGCAACAGCAGUACCAACAAGGACAGCAGCAGCAGCAACAAGCUCAACAGCAACAGCAAAUCAAGGCACAAGUACAGAGAUUAGAUCAUAAGCCGUACGAGUAUCAGAUCACCGUCCAGAGUGAGCAAAACGUACCCAAUGUCGUCGUCCGCGUCUAUCUUGGACCUAAAUUUGAUGAUCAGGGCAACCCCAUCAGCAUCUCUCAACAUAGACAACAAUUCGUCGAACUCGAUCAAUUUACAACCGAUCUUCAGCAAGGACAGAAUGUUAUUGCCAGGCAGUCUCAGCAAGCACCAGGUCAGAGCUUUGAUUAUCCAUCUGUUCAAGACAUCCAGCAGAGCGUCAACGACGCUGUCCAAGCCCAAAAUCCAUUCUACAUCACCGAGCCGCAACAGGUCUUUGGUUUCCCCGCUAGAUUGGCUCUUCCUAAAGGUCAACAAGGUCAAGGAUUCCCAGUUCAAUUGUUUGUUGUGAUUUCUCAACCAGGACAACAAAGUCCAUCUUAUGGGCCAGUAAUCCCGGAACAAUACCAAACAUACCAACAAAAUGAAUAUCAAGUAGUUAGCUCCCAGGAAUAUCAGCAGAAUCAACAGCAAUAUCAAGGUAACCGGGGAAGCGGUUCGCAGCAAGCUGUGGAAGUUGUGCCUGAAAAUCUAUCAGCCAAUCAGCAAGUAAAUCAAGCUGUAAGAAACCAUCAAGCUAAUUUCUACGCCCAACAACAAGGACAAAACGCUCAAUCUCAAGUCCAACGGCAAGUACAGAAUGUCUUCGGCGUACAAAACCAGUAUGGAUACCAAAGACAACAGGCUCAAAACGCUCGUAGACAGCAGCAAUCGAGUCAAUCGCAAGGACAACAGCCAUGGGGUCAAGCGCAAGGACAAAACGCAGUAGCAGUCCAAGGUGGGCAGCAAAGCAACCAAGGUGGACAGCAAAGCAACCAAGGUAGACAGCAAAGCAACCAAGGACCACAAAAUGUACAAAGUGCGCAAGAAGGUAAUGGUGGCGCACAGUCUGGCCAAUACCAAUCUACUUACCAAGGACAGAGCCAACAGCAGCAAGGAUAUGGUGCAGCAAACGCCGGUAGCGGACAAUCCCAUGCUGGCGGCUUCCAAAAUGUCUUCAAUCAGAGACAACAGGAUAGUUCCGUCAGCAGAUACUACCAGAAUAAGCCCAUCUCCCAAAUUAUUGGUGGUGCUAUUUCUCUGGAUGGUAAACCUUUCAACUAUCCAUUGGACAGACCAUUGAGCGUUGGUGCUCUUUCCGUACCUAAUGUAUAUGUACAAACCGCCUAUAUUCAACAUGAAGACCAACCCGCCAACGAGAUGUACUACCAGUGAAAUGUUCCUAAGUCAAACUUAUAGAUGCGGCAUCGCUAUAUGUAACGAUGAUGUUUAAACAAAAGCGUUUUUUAUUUUU